UCGGAGUCAGAAAGAGUCAGGACUCACAGAGUGGAGAUACAACCAGCAGCAGCAGCAGCUCCACAUCUGGACUUCAUCUGGACGCAGCGGACUCAACAACCAGCAGACAACUUUCUCCAGAGCACAUGUAAGAUGUGUAAAGCGAUGUUACAGCGGACCGGCCCCCAGCUGCUGUUCCUAAUAGCCCUGUGCAGUGUGUUGUACACCCGGACUCUGAGUCUGCCAUACACAUCCAUGAGACCGACGAGACACGCAGACGGUCUGUUCACCAGCGGAUACAGCAAACUGCUCGGACAGCUGUCAGCGAGGAGGUACCUGGAGUCUCUGAUCGGGAAGCGGGUCAGCGAUGAGCUGAUGGAGGAGCCGGUGAAGCGCCACUCAGACGCCAUCUUCACAGACAACUACAGCCGCUUCCGCAAGCAGAUGGCCGUCAAGAAGUACCUGAACUCAGUGUUAACAGGAAAGAGGAGCCUAGAAGAUCCUGGAACCAGCGACCCAGAGGAGUCCAGGGACGAACCCAACACCUUCCAGGAGAGCUACGAUGACAUCAACGUAGAUCACCUCCUAAACAACUUUCAUCUGCCACUUUGAGGAGGCGCCUGGAGCUCGAGUGAAUACCUCAAGUCAUCCUCAUGAAAACGCCCAUCCCAACAACAACACAGUGUUAAAUCAAAAGGACAUUCGAAGGUCAAUGAUGAUGUGUUCACUAUCUAUUCAUCCACACAACACAUGUUUACACUGUAUAUAGUAUAUAUAGAUAUAUAUAUACAUACAAUACUAUAUAGACCACACUGAGCAACGUGCGUGUCCCUGAGCAGUUUGAUCAAUCAGCGAACGUCAACAGUAAAACAGAAGUACCACAUUUACUUUACUUAAGAUCACUGUCCAUUAACUUUCAAUGAAACCAUCUCUCUCCUAAUAACCAUCUAAAGGAACCACUAUCCUAUUGACUUUUAGUGAAAUUUGCCCCAUUGACUUCCAGUUAAACAUUCAACCCAUUGAAUUUCCAUAGAACAGAAUUUACUUUCAAUAGCGUACCAUUGAUUUUCAGUGGAUCUACUGUAACUUAAGUUUUAAGUGACCUACGUUUGUUCAGUUAACUUUGAAUGAAAAAUAAAACAAAAAAUUCACUCACAAACAAUUUCCAUUAACUUUCAAUGUUUUCAACUAAUCUUCCGUGGAACGCUAGCACCAUUGGCUUUCAGUGUAAUCACUGCCUUGCAGAAAAUUAAGUGGAACAAACUAUUAACUAUUAAGUUCAACUGAACUAUGGCUCUAUUUACUUUUUUUAAAGAAAAUACUUGUAUAAAAUGGAAAUCAAUGGAAUAUUUGUCACAUUUAGUUUCAAGAUCAAACUUUCAAUUGAACCAUUUACCCUAAUAACUUUUUAAUGGAACUACUGCCGUAUUAAAUUGGAGUGAAAUUUGUCCCAUCAGGUUUCAUUUAAACAUUCGACCCAUUGAACGUCAAUGGAACAGCAUUUACUUUUAAUAGAGUAACUCUUCUAUUGAAUUUCAGUGGAUCUAUGUGACCAACACCAAUUAACUUUGAAUGGAACAUCUGAGUGAUUGAAUUCUGACUAAUUUUUCAGUUACCAAUAUUUCCAUUAACUUUCAAUGGAGCACUUGUACGAUUAAUCUUCAAUGGAACAUUAACACCGUUAGCAUUCAGUGAAAUCACUGUUUUAUAUAAAUUUCAAUUGGGAUAUUUGCAACUUGCAAUGAAAAUGUUUCUCCCAAUAAUGUUUGAUGGAACAACUGUUCCAUUAAAGUCAAGUGAAAUUCAUCCCAUUAACUUUCAGUUGAGCGUUUGACUUGUUGAACAUCAAUGGAACAGUAUUUCUUAUUAAUUUAUUUCAUUUAAAUGGAACAUCUGUCUGAUUGGAAUCUGAUUAAUAUUUCGCUAACCAAUAGUUCCAUCAACUUUCAGUAGAGUCUUUUAGCACCAUUGACUUUUAGUGGACUCACUGCUUUAGAAAAAAAAAGUUUGUCCAUUUACCUUUAAUAGAACAAUAGUUGCAUACAAAUACAUUGAAACUGAUUUAGUUUCAUUAGGAUGCUAACUUUCAAACUCAGAAUUCAGAUGACCAGUCAUCCCGUUAACGUUCAUUCAUGAUCUGAGUGACUGAAUUAUUGUUUUAGAGAAUCCACACGUGGUGAUUUCAUGAUAAAAAGGAGAUCAAGAGGAGGAGAUUUUGAAUGGACACAGAUGCAUAUAAUCACUUUAUACUAUUCAACAUGUAGAGCAAAGACAUUAUAACUGAGCAUAGACCUGCAGCCUUUAGUGCAUAUAGUGAUGUACACCACUCACCAAAUAAAAGAUAACGGUUUAUUUU